AUGAAACACGGCAGACUAAACCUAUUGGGAGGAGGAAGGAUGUGCAACUCCGUAUCCCUACCUGAUACCAUAAAAAAGAAAAUUGAUAGACACGUCCUUACUCGACCCACUGACUACUACAGACCCAUACAAACAAAAGGAGAGCCCGGAGACAAAAUCACAUUUGAUGUGGACACCCAAACGCAAGUCCAAAAUAAAGAGACGUCGGAGGCGUCAACUCAAACCGAACCACGGCACGACGAGAAAUAUAAGCCUACCCUUAAAUCACUUGCAGUGGAGGGAAUGAUUUGGGACAAAGAACUGUACAAAAAAACAGAAGUCAUAGUUGGAAACCCACUAACCACAGGGGAUAAUACCACCAAGGUGGUACUGGUAGAACCUAACGACCCAGAAAUGAGUAGCAGCAUUCAACGCCUGUACAGGGAAAAGUUUUCGGAGCUCGUCAGCGUUCAAGGCGAUUUUGAGAUCCUAGAGCAGAUAACUAAAAUCAGAUCCAAGGAAACAACAGAACUAAGCAUUAGGAAAAUAAUCAAGGUGACGCACGACGGGACAGCCUAA